AUAAAGAUGAUCAACCAUCUCUAAAUGUCAUCUCUAAAGUUGAAUAAGGUAGUUUAUCCAAACAAAAAAACUAUCAACAACUCCGUCCCUCUCACUUUGUCUCUCCAAGCUAUGUCUAUGGAGCUUUGGAGUUCGUCAUUCUCCUUAAAACUUCCAAUUCAUGCCAAACCAUCUUCAUCAUCAUCAUCAUCUAAAUGUCUCUUAACCACCCCUCAUUCCCACUCUUUUCACUUAACUAAAUCCCAUUAUACCCUCUUCAAAUCCCUUCACUUUUCUCCUUCUUCCCGCCAAUUCUCUUCCCUUCAACACUCAUUUUCCCGAACUCCUACCCAUAUAUCUGCUUCAUCUUCCUCCACCGCUGAUGUCGAAUUGGAGAAGCUUCCUGCUGAUAUUGAUGUUACAGAGUUUAAUGAACCCCAGUCUAGAGUCAGGCUAAGUGUGAAUGUUCCACCAGCAGUAUGUGAUGAUUGUUAUAGGACCGUUAUGCGAGAGCUUUCAAAGCAGGCAAAGAUUCCUGGAUUUCGUCCUGGAAAGCCAAUUCCAGAUGGUAUUCUGCUUAGCUAUGCAGGGAAGCAAAAUAUUCAAAGAGCUACUAUUGAGUCCAUUCUGAAAAGAAUCCUCCCUCAUGCCUUAUCAUCGGUUAAUGGAAUGGCUUUACAAGAUUCUCUUAGAAUUACUACUAAUUUUUCGGAUAUGGAGGAGACAUACAUAUCUUCAAACUCUUUAAAGUUUGAUGUCGUGGUUGAUGUAUUGCCUGAAGUGAAAUGGAAUCCGGAGAAUGGAUACAAGAACUUAAAGAUUGUUGUUGAAAUAGAUAAUGAAAUAACUGCCGAGGUAGCUUGUGAACGAGAGUUAAAGCGUCGCCACAAGACAUUAGGUGUAAUGAGAAUAGUUGCUGAUAGAGGGCUUCAGGUAGGCGAUGUCGUGGUGAUUGACAUAUCUGCAGCAACAAUCGAGGAAGGAGGAAAAGAAUCUCAAAAGAUUCCAUCUGCCGAGAGCAAAGGAUUUAACUUCGACACGGAAGAUGCAGAAACUGUGAUUCCUGGUUUCCUUGAUUCGUUAAUAGAGAUUCGACCGGGUGAAACAAAAUCCUUUCCACUUGUGUUUCCGGAAACAUGGAGACAAGAAGAUCUUCGUGGAGUGCAAGCUCAAUUCACAGUGGAGUGCAAAGAACUGUUUUACAGAGAUUUGCCGCCAUUGGAUGACUCUCUCGCUGAAAAGCUUCAGCCAGGAUGUUCAACUUUGGAGGAGGUUAAGGAGACAUUGCUGCAGAGAUGUCGGGAGCUGGAGCAAACGGCUAAGGAACAGGCAACAGAUAAUGCAAUUCUAGAUCAGCUUCGUAAGAUGGUUGAAAUUGAUAUUCCGCAGUCCUUAUUUGAGGAAGAAGGUAGACAAAUGUACGGAGCAAAGCUUCUGCAAAUUCAGGCACAAAUGAAGCUGAGUGACGAGCAGUUGGCAUCCUUAACAAAUUCGAGGACUGUAAAUGAAUUUAUUGAACAUGAGAAAGAAAAUAUAAUUGAAGUGAUAAAACAAAAUCUCGCUAUAGGAGAUAUAUUCAAACGAGAAAAUCUGCAGGUAUCAACCGAUGAAGUGGUCAAGGAGGUUGAAAACUCCAUACAAGAGUUUCGGAAACAUCAGCAGGAAUAUGAUGAAGAGCGUAUCAAAGAACAGGUUCAAGAGGUCUUGGAGGGAGCAAAAGUUCUCGAAUGGCUGAGAGAAAACUCCGAAAUUCAAUAUAUUACCCGUUGAAGAGUAUAAAAAAAGGCUCGAACACAGAAGAUGGCAAGCCUUUUUUGUCAUUCGUUCUUGCACGAGGCUUAUAUGUUUUCAUUACGCUACUUCGGAUGCCAUGUAUCGGUGAAUGGUGCCUAAGUUCGCGUAGUUUGGGAGUCAUUUUUGACAUCUUGAAGUUGCAUUUUUUCAGUUUUGUGCAACUCGAAAUUGAGAUAUAGAGAUAUGUUUAGAAUACAUGGCUUAUUUUUCUGUAACGUAACUAUCUGCAUUUGGUUAUUAUUUUUGUUGUAUAGCAGUAUGCAUAAUACACUACUAAUAAAUAGGAAAUAUCUGUUUAUGAGCA